AUGAAGACGAUCGAGCGGGCCCACACGCCGUCGCGGCUCUGGGAGAAGAUCAAGCUGCCGACCAACUACGCCAAGGCGCUCGAGGAGAUUGACAAGCGGCUCAUCUACUGGCCCAACUUUAUGAUCCACAAGUGCAAGCAGCGCCUGACGCGGCUGACGCAGGUCAACAUCCGCAUGCGCAAGAUCGCCGCCGAGGAGGCCCGCCUCGGCGAGAAGCUCGUGCCCAAGCUGCCCAACAAGGUGCGGAACCGCGAGGAGGCCCGCGAGCGCAAGGCCGAGGCUGCUGCCAAGCUCGAGCGCACCAUUGAGAGGGAGCUCGUCGAGAGGUUACGCUCCGGCGCCUACGGCGACCAGCCCCUCAACGUCAGCGAGUCCAUCUGGAAGCGCGUCCUCGGCGCCAUGGAGAAGGACGGCCAGGCCAAGAGAGACAAGGACCUGGACACGGGCAUCGAGUCGGAGGACGAGGACGAGGACGAGUUGGACAGCCAGGCCGAGUCGGAGGACGACCUCGAGAAGGAGGUCGAGUACGUGUCCGACAUUGAGGAGAGCGAGGACGAGGGUCUCGAGGAUAUCCAGGACUGGCUCGGCAGCGACGCCGACGAGGAUGACGAGGACGACGAGGACGACGAGGACUCGGACGACAGCGACGCCGGCAAGAAGAAGUCGGGCGACAAGCGCAAGCGUGGCCGCGCCGUCAAGCUCAACAACAAGCGGCUCAAGCAGAGGGUCGCUGACCGGCCCAAGGUGGCCGAGGAGCUCACCUGGUGA